AUGCUAAUGCUGAGUAAAACAGACCUGGACCCACCCUCAUUUAUUCUGAAUGGAGUUCCAGGACUGGAAGACAUACAUGUCUGGAUUUCCCUCCCAUUCUGCUCCAUGUAUGCUGUGGCUGUGGUAGGGAACUGUGGACUCCUCUGCCUCAUUCGCUAUGAGGAUUCCUUGCACAGGUCCAGGUACUACUUCUUGGCCAUGCUUUCUCUCACUGACCUUGUCAUGUGCUCUAGUACAAUCCCUAAAGCUCUCUGCAUCUUCUGGUUUCACCUCAAGGAAAUCAGCUUUGUAGAAUGCCUGGUUCAGAUGUUCUUCAUUCACACCUUCACAGGGAUGGAGUCUGGGGUGCUCAUGCUGAUGGCCCUGGACCGCUAUGUGGCCAUCUGCUACCCUCUGUGCUACUCAACUAUCCUCAUCAAUCCUGUCAUUGCAAAGGCUGGUCUCUCCACCUUUCUCAGAGGGGUGCUGCUCAUCACUCCCUUCACUUUCCUUACCAAGCGUCUGCCCUACUGCAGAGGCAAUGUAAUUCCCCACACCUACUGCGACCACAUGUCUGUAGCCAAGUUGUCCUGUGGAAAUAUCAAGGUCAAUGCCAUUUAUGGUCUGAUGGUUGCCCUUCUGAUUGGGGGCUUUGACAUCCUGUGCAUCACGAUCUCCUACACCAUGAUCCUCCGGGCAGUGGUCAGCCUCUCUUCAGCAGAGGCUCGGCAGAAGGCCUUCAGCACCUGCACUGCCCACAUCUGUGCUAUUGUUUUUUCCUACAGUCCAGCUUUCUUCUCCUUCUUUUCCCACCGCUUUGGGAGCCACACAAUCCCUCCCUCUUGCCACAUCAUUGUGGCCAAUAUUUACCUGCUCCUGCCUCCCACUAUGAACCCCAUUGUCUAUGGGGUGAAAACCAAGCAGAUACGAGAUUGUGUCAUAAGGAUCCUUUCAGGUUCUAAGGAUACAAAAUUCCACAGCACUUGA